AUGUGUGAUGCAUCUGAUUUUACUGUUGGUGCUGUUCUAGGACAGAGGAAAGACAAGCUAGUACAUGUUAUUUACUAUGCCAGCAAGGUCCUUAAUGAGAAUCAAAGGAACUAUACCACCACGGAGAAAGAACUUUUAGCCAUAGUUUUUGCUUUUGAUAAGUUUAGAUCAUAUCUCAUUGGCUCAAAAGUAAUUGUGUUCACUGAUCAUGCAACACUCAAAUACUUGCUUACCAAACAAGAAUCUAAACCUAGACUAAUAAGGUGGAUCCUGCUGCUCCAAGAAUUUGAUAUUGAGAUUAAAGAUAGGAGCAGAACAGAGAACAAGGUAGCUGACCACCUCUCAAGAAUCCCACAAGAAGAAGAAAUGUGUAUAUCCCAUGAAGAAGGUCAGGAAGUGUUAUGGCAGUGCCAUGGGUCAGCAUAUGGAGGUCACUUCAGUGGAGAAAGGAUAGCAGCAAAAGUGCUUCAAUCCGGAUUUUACUGGCCAACAAUGUUUAAGGAUGCCAAGGAAAUGGUGUCAAGGUGUGGUGAAUAUCAAAGAGCUGGUAAUCUAACCAUGAAGAAUGAGAUGCCACAACAAUACAUACUAGAGCUAGAGCUAUUUGAUGUAUGGGGGAUUGAUUUCAUGGGACCCUUCCCAACCUCCUACUCAAAUAGCUACAUAUUGGUGGCUGUUGAUUAUGUCUCAAGGUGGGUAGAAGCCAUAGCCAUUUCAAUAAAUGACAACAAAAUUGUGAUAAGCUUCUUGAGAAGGAAUAUCUUCAACAGAUUUGGAGUCCCCAGAGCUCUCAUUAGUGAUGGAAGGAUACACUUCUGCAACAAACAACUCGAGACACUCCUUCUCAGAUAUGGAGUCAAACACAAGGUGGCAACCCCUUAUCAUCUGCAGACCAAUGGACAAGUAGAGAUUUCCAACAGGGAGCUAAAAAGGAUUCUCGAAAAAUUAUUGGAAGCUCAAGGAAGGACUGGUCUAAGAAGCUAG